AUGGGGUCAGACACACAGAUGGAGGACACAUCGGGUCCGUCGGCGAUAGACGUGUCGGACGCUUACGCCAAACGCAAAGUCGGUCGACCCAUCACUUCCGAGCGCACACUCGCACGGAAUUUCCCCGAAAUCGAUGAAAUUCGCGGCAAACUGUUGACCGGCGAGUGUUUCGGGCGAAUGCGGACGAGUGGCAACUCCUCGUCUGUUUGGCAACUCUUUGAAGAGAUUGCUUACUCUGAUUCACAACUCUUUACGGGUAUUGUUCGGUGCAAAGCGUGUGCAUUCAUGACCAGAUAUCACGGACAGAUCACCGGCACAUCUCAUAUGCGAAGACAUCACUGUUUUCGUGAAGCAUUUCCCGAAGCGUUCACUAAUUCACCCAAAAUUACACCAAAUGUGACGAUAAAUAAAAUUAAAAAAGAACCAAAAGUAUCGGUAAACCGGAGUCCAUACGCCAUUCAUCCGGUCAGCAGUUCUCUGAUUAAAGAGACAAACGGUGGUCAAACACCGACCGCCAAAGUCCAGCCAAACACUAACCGAAUCGCGACCAUUAAGUCGGAACUGAGGGAACGAAUCCUACAGUUCUGUUACAACGAACUCAUAACUGUUGAGAGUAUGACAUCCGAUACAUUCAAAUCGCUCGUCCAAUCUCUGGUCAAAUUGUGCACAACUGUCGGCAAAGGGACAGUAGCUCUGCCCGACCGGAACCAACUGUACGCUCAGAUGACGGGCCAACACAAUCAAUGCAAGAAUCGGAUCAAAGAGGAACUAAACAGUGCUCUCCAGAAGAAUAUCGGCGGUGCACUAGUCUGCGACUCUGAGGCCGAUCUAUGCGUUAUCUCCACCUAUUAUAUCAACUCUAACUGGCAAUUAGUUGAGAGCAUUCUGAGCGCUACGGCCGCCGGCAAUGACAUCAACGCAUUCAUUAGCCAAACGCUGGAAGAUUUUGAACUGAGCGACGAUCAAAAGUUAUCCAAAUUUACAUUCAUAUCGAGAGGCGGUCUCUUCGACGGCGUGUCCAUGUGUUUGACAUCUAUGGCACACGUGAUCGACGGCGUGAUUGAGAGCGCUGUCUUCGGCGACGACACUUAUACAGAGAUUGUCGAGAAUUGUAAAGUGAUUUGCGCUGAACUGCGGCUUAACGUCGAGGGCUUUACCACCGAAUGGGUCGUCAAAUUUGAAAUCAUGCGACAAGUGAUUGAAAAUCGCCACAAAUUUGAACUGAAGAACUCGUCGCUGGACUUGGAUUUAGUCAAGUUUUUGGUCGACUUUUUAGCGCCUUUUAAGGCGGCGUCGGUUGAGCUCCGACAGUGCAGUCGACACCCGACUCUCAAUCACGUAUUGCUUUGGUAUUACAAACUAUUGAAGCACUUGAACGCCACGGCAGACGACGACACACUGGCCUCAGGCCUCAAAACAGUGAUCAAAGUAGGAAUGGAGCAAAACUUUCAGCUCCAGUCCUUCCAUAAGAUCGCAGCCUUUUUGUGGCCAAACUUCCGAUUCUUAAAGAUGUUGUCCACCGAAGAGCGCGAAGAGGUUCACAACGAAGUGCGAGAACUGAUUGAUAGCCGUAUUGUGGAAGAGGACGGCAGCGGCGGUGGUGUCGACAGUAAUGGACUGAAAAAAGCGGCCAAUUUUGACGAAUGGGAGGAACAGGACUCAGAACAGGACGAACUCAAUAAAUAUAUAUCCGUUCAGUUGACCACUUGUAAUGAGCAGAAUAUCCUGAUUUGGUGGCGCGAACACCAGCAAGACUUCCCCAAACUCUCACAUUUAGCCAAAUGGAUACUAUCCAUACCCGCGUCGGUCACAUCGUUAGAGCGUUUUAAACUCAUCUCAAGCCAAGAAGUAACGCCUGAACUAUUGUUUAUGCACUGCAAUGCACCUUUUAAGCGAAGUCUAGUAAUGGAUAAGUCGGUAAAGACUUCGUGGCAAAAGAAAAUGCAGAUUAAAAAUGACAAAAAGAUUGUCAAACUCUAUGAGCAGGAGAUUAAAGACGCCAAACAACAAGAGAUAGAGGCGAAAAGAGUGCGAAGAGAAGCGAAUAAACAGCGGAAACAAGAAAACGCCCGCAAAGCAGAGAUAACUGUUUCGAUUAAAAAUCCCAAAAAAUUGAAACGCAUUGCAAAGAAACAGAUGAAACAAAUGAGAAAAGUCCGCAGGAAUUGAGUGUCGAUCACAUCCGACGGAUAGACACUCCCAUUGAAAGACUAUAAUUCAUACGAUUAUUGUUUAAAACAAUUAAAUAUAUAUAUUAUUUAGACGAAUAAAUGAAUACAUAUUUUGCAUCUUUUAUAAUAAAAUAAUAUGUUUAAAAUACCAG